AUGUUACUUCAAAUCGCCGAGUCCUGCCACUCUUUCGCUGACCUUUCAAGACUAACCAGGACCAACAAGUGGUUUUACCGCGUCUUGAACCCUUGGCUCUACAAGCUGGAUGUACGCAGUGGAAGCCCGUGUGCCUUGUUCUGGGCUUGUCAGUCAGGUAGCUUGGAUACGCUUAAGUUAGUUCAUAAGGCCGGGGCAGCACUCGACCAGACCUGGACAUCAAAGCAGCCGAUCCAACGCCUUCCGCCCAAUCCUUACCGGCACAGCCCGGAAUUCUACCAGAAGGUUGCACUCGGACUGAAAGACCCUGAGGACGACCAAACGGACGAAGAAACCAACAAUGGCUGGCCCGAGACGCCCUUCAUGGGCAUAGAAGGCUUCAUCAACGGCUGGAUCCAAAUGGAGCUUGACAACGACCAGGAGCGCGAGGAUCCACUCGAACAGGAAGCGGAAGAGGACGAAGAAAGCGACACGGCAUGGGUGAUAGACGAAGGUCCAUGGGAAGAGCCCUACCAGCCCCAACACCUCGACGAACAUCAUACGACUGAAGAGGACCAUUUUUGGCCUGAAGACACGGACGAAGUCGGACAGCCGCUCCUCAAGACGGCUUCACAAGACUCCAGAUACACUUGGUGCAAUGAAUUUUUUGAGCGACAUUGCGGAAUUCUCAACGAUAGUGCCCCGGGCAUGCGACUCUUUCCUGUAUUCUGGUGGCACCCCAUUGACCUCGCUGUUUAUUUUGGGCGCAAAGAAAUCAUCCAGUAUUUGGUAGAGAAUGGCGUCAGCAUCCAACAUGCCAAUUCGCGUGGACUGUGCCGUCAAAAGGACAUUUCCUUCGCGUCUUCCUACCAAGGAUGCCUCCGCGGGACGUACCCCAUCUUCAUACAACCCAAUGCCGACUGGAGAUACUCUAUCCACCAUGCUUUUGGGCUGGUCGCUUGCAAGGAGGAUUGGGAUAUGGGAAACUUCUUGCUGGACGUUACCGGCAUGAGGACGGCGGAGAAGCGUCUUGUUGGGAUCGAGGAUGAACUUGUGGUUGACUUUGAGAACACCCAGGAUCGAGAUAGAUUUUUUACCGAGAUCAUCAAUAGGUUGAUCGCGUUCCCGGACGGCACAACUGUAAGUCUACCAGUCUUUUGGUAA